AUAAAUAUGGGACUGUAUGAUUUGGCUGUUGGAGAUUCACAUAAUUCCUGAGCUGCAUUGAUUAUGAGCGUAAUAAAUAACAAUAGAAGAAUUGUUUCUAUAUAAACAGCAAAAUGGAUGUGUUCUUUGGAAAGUGGAAACUUGUCAGUAAAGAAAAUUUCAGUGAAUAUCUGACGGCACUUGGUGUUAAACAGGAACAAAUCAAGAUUGCCGAAAUAAUUACACCAAUUUUAACCUUUUACCAAGAUGGGGAAUUUAUCGUUAUGAAAACAGAGACCAGCGUUUAUACUGGAGAAGUCUGGUUCAGGCUGGGUGAAGAAUACUUCGAACUAAGCAGAGAUGGCAGACAAUGCACGAACGUCGUAACCCUGGAUGGAUAUAAACUAGUACUGGUGCAGAAGUGGGAUGGCAAAGAAACCACAAUCGUUCGGGAGAUCAACGGCGAAAACAUGAUCGCGACACUGACCUUUGAAAACACUGUUUCCACCAUCACCUAUAAUAAGGUAUAAAUGAUGGACCACAUUCCAGUCUAGAAGCAUGUUUUAAUGCAAAUAUCACAAUUAUACUUCAUUCUAUUCCACCAGAAGCCCAACAUAUAAAUAAAUCCCAAAUCAGAUUGUUAAAAAUGUGUGGUUGUUUCUAUCUAAUGACAAAUGACUACAAUUCACUCUGGCCUUUUCUGAAAUCAUAAUUAAAUCACAA